AUGGCCCCCGUCGCGUCCACCUCGACCAGCCUGCACCUCGUCCCCUCGCGCAGGGCCACCUUCCACAAGUCGCGCAAGGCGGCCGCCACAAAGCCCCUCAACUGGCCCUUUGCCCUCACCGGCGCCGCCGCCAAAGCCUCGACCAUCCACCCGGACCGCCUCGCCGCCGCCGGCUUCUACUCGACCCCGAACAAGCUCGACCCGACUGUCACCACCUGCUUCCUGUGCGACAUCCGCGUCGGCGAGUGGGAGCACGACGAGGACCCGGUCUACCGCCACAAGGCGGCCGCCGACGAGGCCGACACGCGCUGCGGCUGGGCCACCGUCCUCACCCACGCCUGGGCCCCCGGCGACGUCGACGAGCUCGCCACCGACGAGUGGGACGCGCUGUGGGGCGACGACGGCGACCUGCACCCGAGGGGCGGCCGCAUCGGCGCCGCGAGGGAGCACACGUUCCGCGUCGGCUGGCCGCACGACGGCGUCGAGGGCGUCCCGACCAAGGAGGAGAUCGCCGCAGCAGGGUGGUACUUCCGCCCAGGCGAGACGGCCGAGUCGGCCGACCAGUGCGCGUGCAUGUACUGCGGGCGCACCGUCGAGGGCUGGGAGGAAGGCGACGACCCUGUCGCGCUUCACAAGCGCAAGAUGGGCCUCAAAUGCCCCUUCUUCCUCGCGCCCGACUUUGUCUCGUCGUCGUCGGCCGCCACCGCCGCCGCGACCAAGGGCAAGAAGAAGGCCAAAGCGUCCAAGGCGGCUCCUCCUCCGCCGCAAGACGCGCUCGACGUUGACGACGAGGACGACGAGGACGAGCCCGAGCCCGAGCCGGUCAAGCCCAAGCGCGGCAAGAAGGCGUCGACGGUCACGGCGAGCGUCGCCAACCCGACCCUCAAGAAGAGCACGCGCGGGCGGGCAAAGGCGCCGGUCGAGGUCGAGGAGGACGAGCCGCUCGUCGACGCCGAGGCCGACGAGGCGCUCGAGGACGCGGCCGAGGAGCCCGAGCAGGAGGACGAGGUCGUCGUACCGGUCAAGCCGACCCGCGGUGGCAGCAAGAAGGCGGCACCGGCGGCGGCCAAGAAGCCGGCGGCGAGGGCGACGAGGAGCAAGACGACGCCGGCGCCGUCCGACGUCGACGACGAGGUCGAGAUUCCUGUGCUCAAGAAGUCGACCCGUUCUCGCGCCGCCUCGAACGCUUCGGCGACGGCCUCGACUGCCGCACCCUCACGUGCUUCGGUCCUCGCCAAGUCGCGCUCUCGACCCGUCAAGGACGCCGACAUCUCGGUCGAGAUCGAGGUCAAGCCCAAGAAGGUGUCGUCGUCGGCCGCGCCCAAGAAGGCCAAGAAGGCGCCCGCUCCCGAGCCCGAGCCCGAGGGCGACGGCGACGAGGACAUGGCGCAGCUCGCCGCCAUCGCCGACCUCGCGCUCGAGGCGCAGCCGGCGCCCGAGGUGCGCGAGCCUGAGCCGACCCCGGCGCCGGCGCCGAAACCGGCUCGGGCGGCGCCCAAGGCGCAGAACGAGUCGAGCUCGAGCGGCGGCAAGGGCAAGAAGGUGCAGCAGGCGGUCGAGGUGGACGAGCCGAUGGAGGACGAGCCGGCGCCGGUCGAGAAGGCGCCGACGCCACCUGCGCCCGGUCAAGCCUCUUCGACGACAGCCGUCCCGCCCAGCGUCGCCUCGGCGCGCGCCCCUCUCUCGCCGACCGUGUCGUCCGGCAGCAGCUCGCGCGUGAUCCGCAGCCUGCCGACCAAGGUGCACCCGUCCAAGUCGCCGUCGUCGACCUCGCUCAAGGCGACCCCGACCGAGCCGGCUCCGCCGCUCCCGCGCAAGGCGGCCUCGGCUCCCGCAGCUGCCGCUGCCUCUCUCGAGCAGGCUGCAGCCGGCGCCUCGUCUGCCGCACCGGCGCCGGCGCCGUCGACCGCCUCGUCGACGCCGACCCCGGCCGUCGUCGACCCGUCUCAGCGCUGGUCCCCUCCUCCCAACGUCUUUGCCCCGACCGCCUCGCUCCUCGCGCUCCUCCCGCCCCCGACACCCGCCGAGCUCGCGACGCACACGGUCGAGUCGUGGUACGCCCUGUGCGCCUCGCGCCUCGAGGCGCGUUUCGCCGCCGAGAGCGACGCGCUCCGUGCACAGCUCGAGGCGCGCGUCGCUGCGGGCCGCGAGAGGCUCGAGCGCAUGGGCGUCGAGGCGAGGGAGCGCGAGGAGCGCGAGGACAAGGAGCGCAGGAGGGACAAGAAGGAGCGCGGCAAGGCCGCAAGGGGCGCGAGCGCGAGCAAGGUCAAGGGCACAGCGGCGGUGGCGGGCGCGGCGACGGGUGGCGGCAGUACGAGGAAGAUGCGCUGA